AUGCCAAAGGACACGACAAAUCCGUACCCAGACUUAAGCGUCACUGCACAACAGCGUGAGCAACUCAUCGAAUUAGUGAAUGGAUGCGUGCAGAAUCACUUGCAGAAGUACGAAAAGUUUUUUAUUACGGACCAACACCGCGUGGAUAGUCGACGUUGGGAACAUGUCAAGUCUAAAGAUGAUCUCCACGUUUAUAGUGAACGCACUUCAAAGGAUCAGGCUCGCAAAGGAUUAAUUACAAUAGAUCCGAUUGAACAGACCGAGCAAGAGAAAGACAUGGCAGUGUUUAUGAGUGUCGGUACGGUCGUUGGGGAGCUAGAAGACCUCAUGUUUGGAGUUAUUAACACAACUCGAGAUGCAAUGCGCAUCAAGAAUGCGUAUGUUGGUGAUUUUGAAAGUGGAGCAAUUCUAUGUCCCGUGGUUGAGCCAAGCGAGAAGGAGCCAUUUCGAUCUCUGACGAUUAAGUGGAUGGCAACAGAAUCCAUGCUUAAGUCUAACAAAAGCCGAGAUUAUGUAUGCGUGGAAGCAACAGACAUUCUUCAUCUGGAAAACGGUGUUCAGAUUGGGUACCACGUACUCCACUCAAUCGAAUUUCCGCAAACAAAGCCUCUCUCUUACUUCACUCGAAGUAACAUGUCACUCGUCGGGUUCUACCGCCACAUUCAUAGUACAAUCAUCGACACUUUUGGGGUGUGUAUCAUCGAUCCAGGUCACAAAGCAAAGAGACAAGUCUUAACACCAGUUACAGCGACUUCCAUGUUGACGGUGACAAAUUAUGUGCGAUGUGGUCAGCUAAAAAAAGUUGCGUGGAUGCUUCAGCGUCAACACGCUGCUUUUAAGCAGCGUCAAGACAGUCAGAACAGUAAAGGAUGCGUCAUGUGCGGUAAAAGCAAAAAUCUUGCAGGACUCGGUCGAGGCACGUGCAAACUUUGCAAUGGUGAUGUGUGCUUUUCGUGCAAAGUGCGCGAGCGAAUGCAUUUCAUUGGACAAGAUGACGAACUCAUCCAGCGCAAAAUUACAUUCUGUUCACAGUGUAUGAGUAAAGCAAUAAAUUGUAGUACACAGGAAGCUGCGCAGGAUCAAGCAACGGGGUAUCACGACUCUUAUGACAGCGCCUCAACAUUUUCAGAAUCGACUCUGUCCGCCUUUUCCGAAACAUCGUUGAUUUAUCAUUAA